CUAUCUCCAUCUUUGCCUAAACAGAAAAAAAAAAACCUAUGUCCAUCUCUUCCUCCUCCUCCCCCGCCGUCGCCGCACACGCUCUUCUCGUUUUCUCUUGUUCGUUCUGGUUCAGGCUCACCGGCCGAUUCGUCCAUGGCUGUUGAUCUCUCCCACCGGUAUAGCAAGCUCACCUUGCUCAGGCUCAGAUCUGAUUACUAGACGACCUAUGAAGCUGCUGAGUGCCUCGAUUUGCUCUGCUUAUAGUCACCUGGUGACCGGCCGGCCGUGUAUUGUUCUCAUCUCGCGGCCGGCCGGCCGGCAGAUGUUUCCUCCUGAUCUUCCGAUGGUGCACCGAGCCUCAGCUGGGCGGCGCCCUGAUCCAUCCAUGGAUAUAUGUCCGUCUUCUCCGGAUGGAUGGCGAUGCACGCGCUAGCCUUGCUGCCCAACAGCUGGUGCCGUGCCUUGCUUGUUGCCAUCUCGCGGCCGGCGGUGGCUGAUGUUUCCUUCUCAUCUCCGACGGUGCACAGAGCAUCCACAUGACAAGGUAUGCCGCAUCUCUUAGUUUUUUGAUUUUUUUUUCCUCUGUUCAUUACCAUAACCUCGAUCUGCUUGUACUAGUCACUCACGAUCCAUCUAUGGACCACCUGUCUCGUGUCUCCACUCUCAAUCACAGUCAAGCAAUCUUAAAUGUACUUAUGUUAGGCUAAAUUCCCAUAUUACUCCGUCCACCCCCAUUCCUGGGGUGUAAUCUUCCAGUUGCGCCACCUCUCUGCUCAAUCUGUUUCUAGUCAGUCAAGAUCCACCUACGGAGAGUCCAGGAGCGAGAAUCAUUUCAAUGCUGCCAAGGGUCCAUACCUCCCUCUGUCUAGUAGAGCCUAAGGGUCUCUUUGAUUCAAAGGAUCUUUAUAGGAUUUUUGAAGGAUUGGAAUCCUUAGGAAUUUUUCCUACGUUGGUCGUUUGAUUCGUAGGAUUGAAUCUUGUAGGAUUUUUUCCUAAGGAUUUAUUUGUACUGCAUUUCACAGGAAUUCUAACAUCCACUCCAACCUCUUGGAAGAAAUCCUUUGCUUUCCCCAUGCCACAAUCAAACAAACUCAAAUCCUAUAGGGAUCCAAUGGACAUGCCAUUUCAAUCCUACGUUUUUCCUAUUCCAGGGCUUCUUUGGAUCACAGGAUUAGAAAACAAAGGAAUUCAAAAAACACAGGAAUUUGACGGGAUUGUAGGUGCAAAACAGAGGAUUACAAAAUAGAGAAAAACUACAAGAAUGGUCAUUUGGAUGGAACACAGAAAAAACACAGGAAAAGUGACUCGAUCCUACGCGAAUCAGUGUAAAAAAGAGGUUAUAGUGGAUGUUGAAAUUCCUAUAGGAUUGAGGUGUAGGAAUGCAUCCAUAGGAAUUUUGGAGGUGUGGUUCCUUUGAUCCAAAGGGCUUCUUUAGGAAAAAAUCCAAUGGAUUGGAAUCCUCCAAUAUUCCUAUGAAAAUCCUUCAAUCCAAAGAGGCCCCCAGUGUUUUUGCAAUCCUACGAAUCAAAGAGGCCUAACACAUGAAACCGUGUAGAGACAUUGGUUUGGCACAAUACAAGGUUAAUUUAACUGGUUAUUAUGUAAUUCUUCGUAUUAAGUUUGCACUGUUGAUACUCUUUAGUACAUCAUGCUGCUAUAUUCAUACUCUUUAGUAAGUAUGAACGAGUCCCAGCUCUAAUGUGUGAUGCUCCUGUACUAGCCACUGAAAAAAAAUAGCGCACUAUAGCGCCUCUAAUAGCACACUGUAGGCGUGUAGAGAAUUGUCUCGCUAAAUAAAUCAGUGUAUAGUUUCUUGUUAAUAGCGUGCUAAUUGAGAAAUUCAGAGGGGGCAAUUUUGCAUAGCAUGCUAUAUUUUCUCUUGUUAGUAGCACGGCCACACGAUCACCCCCUUCGCCAUAUACAACGCCGCCUGCAUAUGAAAAGGGCAUUUGCAUCUCUCCUUGCUCUUUCCUGUCUCCUUGCGCUCUUCUCGGUUCACUCCCAGCCAGGGUUUUGGCCCUUCCCUGCUGUAUAUAUCUGUAGCUAGUUUCCUUCCCUUGUGGGGUUUGAUGUUAGAAUCCCAUAACCAGAUUCUAUCCAGUGUGUCCGGUGGUAUACACUGGUUCUUGGCUCUCUACAUCAGGCUAUCUUUGUCUUGUCCCCUAGGGUUCCCUCCCUCCCUCCCCCGCCGCCACCCGCGAGGCGCAGGGGAAGGCCCCAAAUCUCCGCCGCCGAACUCCCCUCCGCCUCCCCCCUCCUCCCUCCCCGCCGCCAAAGGGCACGGUCGUCGCCGGCGGCGGCGGGGCCUUCUCGUCCCCCACGCGUGGGGGUUGGCACGAACCCGAUCUCGUGGGCGGGGCGCUGCGCUCGGUGUCAGGCGUGGUGGCGCGGCGGCGCCCCGGAGCAGGCUGGCGAUGGUGGCAUGGCGUCGGGCGGCAGAUGGCAUGGUGGUGGUGCGGGCUGGUGUGGCGUCGGCGGCGGUGUUUCUGGCAGCGCAUCGGUGUCGCGUCCGGCGCCGUGGGUUUGCGGCUGACCUGGUCGCGGGCGGCCUCUCACCAUGGUCUUUGGUGGGGGACGGCGCAGCAGCGGAGGUGGUGAGCUGCUCCCUCCCAGUCGGGCCCUCGCGGUUGGGUGGCGACGCUUUGCUCGGGCGGGUCCCCCUGGUGGCGUCUCUGGGCAGCGGCGGCGACAGCUCGGCCACCCUCCCUCUCCGGCCUCUGGCGGCGGCCGGUGCCUCCCGGUGCCCUGGGCCUUCGACGCGGGGGCGGAACUCGGUUUCAGGGGGGGAGCUGGAGCGGACAAGGCGUCGGUCGUGCCCAUGGGCGGGGCGGCGGUCCUGGCGGUGGGAGUUGUGCGUUGGUCGUGGGCGGGCUGCGCGGCUCGGAUGCGGGCAGGCAACCAUGGCUGCUUGGGCGGCAUGGCUGCGGGUGUUGACGGACCGGGGCGGCGAAAGAGGUGAAGCACCGGGGUACAUCACCUACCUAGUCUGUGUACUGGUCGACGGUGACGGCGUCCAUGGACGUCGUGUCCUCCUUGCAGACUCCGUCGUGGUGCUUCUACCCCUUCCAUCUUACUCCGGGUGAAAACUCGAUCCUCGGAUCGGACGGCGGCGACAUUCAUGGUCGUGCCCUUCCUGGAUGCACCGUCUUGGAGUCCUCGGUCUGGCAUGUCCGUUACACAUCCGCCCGGACGAUCGCUCCUCGUGGUGGUGUUCUCCGUCGGCUCGAGCGGAUUCGUUUCUCAUCUUUUAGGUGCUUUGUAGUCGUUGUGGUUGUGUGUCGGUGCCCGGCAUUUUUGUAUCUUGCCUUGAGUGUGUGGCGUGCGUUUGUAUGGAUGCUUUGUUGUUGUGGUUCAUGCUUUAUAAUAUAAAGCGGGGAAACCCUUUUUCUUAUACACUGUGGUUCUAGCCCUGUCUCGUUCCCUUUUCUUGCACUUAUACAACAACAACAAAGUUUUUAGUCCCAAACAAAUUGGGAUAGACUAGAGGUAAAACCGUCUCGUUCCCUUUUCUUGCACUUAUAUGUGGCUGAAUUCCAACAUUGCUCCGUCCAUCCCCAUUCCUAGGGUGUAAUCUUCUACUUGCGCCGUCCAUCAAAGGCAACCUGGUGCAUGUAGCUCCCGCUUGCGCAGGGUCCAGGGAAGGGUCCACCAAGGGAAGAACAUGAGCGAAAAUCGUUUCCCAUGUUACCCAAGAAAAAUCCCAUGUAGCAAAUCUCGCUCGAGGAGAUUGCCUCCUUGUUCAUGUUUGCAUGCCACGCCCUCCAUUGCCUUUGCGUCCUCCCACGGGCCAGAAAUGUUCCCAAAGGCAACGCAAAAAGUUGUCCUGCCACCGACCAAUCAUCAUGUCUAGCAGGAUCAGCGAAUGCAACAAGUUUCCAAGGAGGGGUGACGUCUUGAUUUAUUGGCGGGUAACGGCAUUGUGCACACAUCGCUGGAGUUCCACAUGUGACGCACCAUUGCUGGGACCCACGUGUAGGAUGGAACUAACCAAAACCCUAAUUUACUGGAUGUACAAAGAUGCAACAAGUCUUGUCUGUUUGACCAAGCGACGGUAGUAGGCCUAGGCCAGCUCCCAGUAGUGCCCUAAGGCCCAACAAAAAUCUGUGCACACCACAUAAUCCAAGACACGGGUAGUGUAGAUAAAACAACAUUCUUUUUUCUUACUCACUUUCCUUUACUACGACCCCUUUCCAAAUAAGAUCGUGUUGGAGUUAUGUACGUCAUUCUUAGUCUGCAUAUUAGAUAUCCUAGAAGUCAAACUUUGUAAACUUUGACCAAAGUUAUAUUAAAAUUUACCAAGAUCUACUAUACCAAAUAAAUAUAAUAUGAAAAUAUAUUCUAUGAUGGAUGUAAUGAUAUUGAUUUUGCAUUAUGAAUAUCAAUAUUUUUGUAUAAACAUGGUCGAACUUCAAAGACUUUGAGUUCAGACAAAUCUAAUACUUGGAGUAAAAAGGAAUGAAGUGAGUACCAAUUGCCAUGGUUAGGGUUGGGCUGGAAGAACAUGUUGCUUAGGCUGCAUUGAGCAUCGAAUGUUGAUCCUAGGAUGGCAUUGGCGAUGUCCAGGAAGAGCUGAAAGGGAUGGAGUAGACCAUGUGAUAGGCCUAUGUCGGAGCAUCGGAAAGGUGGGCAACACAUCGCCUGGCGCUGGGUGGGUGAGGAGAAGCCAUGGACCGCGCCACCCCCCCCCCCUCGUUGCCUUUUCUUUUGCACUUAUAUGUGGCUAAAUUCCGACAUUGCUCCGUCCGUCCCCAUUCAUAGGGUGUAAGAGCAUCUCUAGUAGAUCCCGCAAAUCGUGGUCCUGCAAUUUUCGUUUACUCUGUACCGUUAACGGUAUACAGGAUGCCGAGACAGAACAGAUACCACAAACAAACUCAAACACAUACGACAUAUUCAAACUAGCAGCUCGCGCCACUUAAACAUCACCGAAGUUCAUACUAGCAUAAACGAAAAUUAAACUAGAUCUACUUGUCAUCACCAUCACCGGACUUGUAUAUGCUGAGGUGGUGCUCCAUAAGUGAGUUGGAGAGCAUGAAGGCGAGGUCGCAUUCCUUCCUCAACGCCGGCACUCGCGUCGUUGCAGCUUCGUCCCUGGCGGCGGCCGCCUUCUUCGCGUCAAACCACGCGCGCUCCGCCGCCCGGAGUCGCUGGAUUGUGGGGGAGAAGGUCCGGUUGAGGCGAUCGAAUUUGGUCCUGCGAUGGUGUACGUACUGCUCCUGAUGAACAAUCCAGAAUAUCGGGGAGCACCAAAGGAAUGCUAAAGAGAACCUCCAAGCCGUGUCUUGACAAACAAUGCUCCCAAAAGAGGAACGAUCGACAAACGACGAUCACCUCCAAAGAGCAACAACUCCGAACGACUAUCCUUGUCGACGCACCAACCUUCCUCGAGUGCCUAAAAAGAGUUGGCAGGUGGAUGGCAUGACUCGGACAACCCCGAGAAAGUCAUCAUUUUGGACUCACCUGCGACGGUGUACGUAUUGCUCCUAAUGAACAAUCCAGAACAUCGGGGAGCACCAAAGGAAUGCUAAAGCCGUGUCUCGACAAACAAUGCUCCCAAAAGAGGAACGAUCGACAAACGACGAUCACCUCCAAAGAGCAACAACUCCAAACGACUAUCUUUGCUGACACACCAACCCUCCUCUAGUGCCUAAAAAGAGUUGGACUCACCUGCGGCGGUGUACAUAGCGCUCCCGUUGAACAAUCCAGAACAUCGGGGAGCACCAAAGGAAUGCUACAUAGAACCUCCAAGCCGUGUCUCCACAAACAAUGCUCCCAAAAGAGGAAGGACGCUGGCAUCGGCUAUCCGUAACUAGACCUAGGCUUUUGCCCGGAGGCAACCAACCAACCAACCAAGUAAUAGAGAGCGAGGAGCGGACACACCAUAGCGACGCCUCCAAGGAGGGGAACGACACAUGGGGGCUGGCACCGACCGGUCAGCGUAUUAAUUUGUAGUCCCUCCAUUCCUAAAUAUAAGUCUUGUUUAGAAAUUCCAUUCCAGUAUAGACUACAUACGGAGCAAAACAAGUUUUAAAAAUAUGUCUGUAUACAUCCGUAUGUAUCCAUGUUGAAAUCUCUAGAAAGACUUAUAUUUAGAAACAGAGGGAGUAUUAAGCAUGGUUAAACUUGUCAAAUGAUAAGUGUGGCACGAAGCAUUCAGGCCCUGACAUUUUUUACAAAUAGAAGUUGCCAUCCGAAAAGAAGAAGAAAACAAACGUAUGUUACUUUCACUAUGGGUAGCCUCGUCCUCCUCCUCCUCCAAGAAAGAAAGCUAGGGUUUCUGCCUCUCGCCGGCGCCGCUGCAGGUCCGCCUGGUCUCCUGUGGCCCUAGGGCCAUGGGGGCGCGGUGGAUCCUGCCAAGGGCCGGCGGGAUGGCUCCGUUUUCAGUCGUUUUUUCCUGUCUUGUUAAGGUUUGUGUCCUGCUCAGGAAGGCGAGGCGGCGGCGGCUCCCUGAAGAUGGAAUAAAGGUCUCCCCGCCUAGCCCCCGUUCCGGCGGUGCAUCUAGCAUCGUUUGUGGGCGUGUGGAGAUGUGUCUCCGGGGGAUCUAUCUUUGGUGGA